UCCAGGGCCGCAUAGGGCUUUGUCCGAGGCGAUAGAUGCCCCAACAAGGAAUAUAUAGGGCAUCUAGACGUUUGGCAUUACUCUACAGCCAAUCACAGGCUCAGACGACGACGUUUAGCGUGCAGUGUCAUGAUUGGCCAGCGCUCUUGUGGAAAUCUGGCAUCAAACCGGGGUCCAUAAACUUCCCCAUCGAUAACGCGAAUCAGUUUGUGUUUUCCACUCUUGUAGCUUUGAAGAGCUUUCGUCGCUCCUUUUGUUGUCCUGGUCGUACUUCUAUCCUUCUAUCCAUGUAACAGCACCUAAAGUGCAUUGCGUUCUUGUUUAUUCUGUCUCUUAUACUCCUUCCAGCCUCACGGCGGAUCUCUAGGGCACGAUGCAACUACUCCAUGCGCUCUUGCUUCUAUGUCUGUUCUCCCUGGGGCUAUGUGCAGAAGAUUUCUACAAAAUUCUAGGCUUAGACAAAGACGCCUCAGACAAAGAAAUCCGCCGCGCAUACCGCACCUUGAGCAAGAAGUACCACCCAGACAAGAACCCUAACGACGAGACCGCAAAGGACAAAUUCACCACAGUCGCCGAAGCCUACGAAUGUCUCUCCGACGCCGAGCUCCGCAAAAUCUACGACCGCUACGGACACGAGGGCUUGGCACAGCACAAACAAGGUGGCGGUGGCCAGCGUGGCGGUCAUGACCCGUUUGAUCUCUUCAGCCGCUUCUUCGGCGGCGGCGGACACUUUGGGCACGGCGAGCGACGUGGGCAGAACAUGGAAGUCAAGGUAUCACUCCCGCUUCGCGACUUCUACAAUGGGCGCGACACGCAGUUCAGCAUCGAGAAGCAGGCCAUCUGCAGCAAAUGCGAAGGCAGCGGCAGCGCAGACGGCAAGGUCGAGACGUGCGGCGUCUGUGGCGGGCGCGGCAUGCGUAUCCAGCGGCACCAGCUCGCGCCAGGCAUGUUCCAGCAGGUACAAGCGGUGUGCGACGCGUGCGGCGGUAAGGGACAGCAAAUCAAGCACAAGUGCAGCGUGUGCGGUGGUGCGCGUGUCGUGCGCGAGACGGAGACGUUUGAGCUCAAUCUCGAGCCCGGCAUGCCGGAUGGCGUGCGGUUGACGUAUGAGAACGAGGCGGACGAGAGCCCGGAUUAUGUUGCUGGCGAUUUGAUUGUGCAUGUUACGGAGGCGGAACCGAAAAUGGACACGAGCGAGGAGGCGUUUAGGACGGAUGGCACGUUCUUCCGCAGGCGUGGACAUGAUUUGUUUUGGAGGGAGGUGCUCAGUCUGCGCGAGGCGUGGAUGGGUGAGUGGACGCGCAAUAUCACGCAUUUGGAUGGCCAUACCGUGUUUCUGUCCCGCGAGCGAGGGCGCGUCGUACAGCCGAACCAUGUCGAGAUUGUGCCCGGCGAGGGCAUGCCGUUCUGGGCACAGGAGAUCCCGGAAGAGUCGGAACGGCGCUUUGGCAAUCUGCAUGUCGAGUACGUGGUUGUGCUGCCAGACCAGAUGGAGAAGGGCAUGGAGAAGGACUUCCACGGUGUGUGGGACAAGUGGCGGAAGAAGCAAGGUGUUGACUUGCAUAAAGACAGUGGAAGACCGGCGCCAAAGGUGCAUGACGAGUUGUAGAGUAAUGUACAAUAGAUGUUCACAUACAGGGGGCGCGCAUUAUAGAGGACUUCGGAUACCCGGCUAGAGCAUUUUCAUAUCACUUUCCCCGUUUGC